UAGUAAAGGUAUCUUUGAAGCUGGAUCAUAUGGAAGACUUACGUCGAAGUUAGAAAUUAGAAUUAGCCCAGCACGCUGUAGGCUGUAAAAAUCGCUGAGAAAAAAGAUUGUCAAAUCGGUUUUCAUCGUCGGUGUUUUUUCAUUACCAGAUGAAGCCACAAGCGUAGAUCUAUCGGCUGUGAAUUGGUAUAAAGAGAUGUAACAGUCGUUAAGAGCUGCUGUGAUAGUGGAUAAAACUGUUUUGUUUACAUGCGGUUUGUUAACGUUGUGUGAAAAUAAUACAUGUUACAGGAACUAAUAACUUUUAGAAGGUUCAUGUGUGCGUUCCUUUAUAUACUGUUUACCUAUAUGAAUACUAUGAGAGUUAACAUAGUGGCUCUAAAUCGAUAUUCUUAUAUUGACAACUUAAAUUGCGUGUUUGGAGGGUUCUUCAAAGUUACAGCGUAAGAAGGAAAAUAUAACUUUUCGUUGACAAUGGAGCUUGUCUCCACAAUGAGCAAACUCAAACGGAAGUGCCUGAGACGCGCUCAAACGGAAGUUGCCGAUGAUGUUCAGAUAACCAAGGAACACCAGCGCGUGCAGCCUCGUUCUACAUCCAUCUCGUCACGUGGUAGUAUUUCCACCAUGUCACGCGGAAGCAUCAAAAGCGAUCCCUUCACGUGCAACGAGGAGACGAGCAGCAUAAGUGCACGAAGUGAUACGAGCGUUGACAGUUACGUCUUUGAUCCUUCAUUUGGUGCUAUCAGACCAGAUUUGUACCCUAGGAAAGACGCCGUGCUACAACAGUCGUCCUUGGAUCGUAGCUUCGGUCGUCUUCAUGUACGACUCAAGUACGACUUUCGAACGUCUGACCUUGUUGUACAUUUAAUAGAAGCGCAAGAUCUUCCUCCUUCUGAGCGCUUGGAACCGGAUGUUGGCUCCGGUGACCCCUACAUUAAGGUCAGCCUUGAACCGACCGUAGACGAGCGCGUUCGGCAAUCUUCGGUUAAGCGCAAGACAGCCAAUCCGUUUUAUAACGAAUAUUUCAAAUUUCCCGCCACUUACGAUGACAUAAAGGAGUCUUCAUUGGUAUUCAUGGUCUACGACUACGACAAAUUCUCUCGCCACAAAUUGAUGGGGGAGGUGAGGAUUGACCUGUCAAAGGUGGAAACUAGCAACAGUGUGGAGAUGUGGUGUGAUGUACAGAAGCAACACCAGGAAUCCGCGGAGUUAGGAGAGGUUUUGCUGUCCUUGAGUUAUCUACCCACGGCAGAACGACUCACAGUGGUCGUCAUGAAGGCCAAGGACCUCCGCGUCCCCACCACCACGCCCUCGUCAGAUCCGUACGUGCGUAUAACGUUAGUUGUAGAGGGAAAGAAGGUGAAACGCAAGAAAACAAGUGUUAAAAAGGGAACGCAUAACCCGGUCUGGAACGAGGCUCUCUCGUUCAAUAUUCCACCUGAACUCUUGCCUAAGGUCACGCUAGAAUGUCACGUGGUGGACAAUGAUUUGAUUGGUCACGGCGAGUUCGUGGGCUGUGUCAUGAUUGGUCAGACGCGUGCAGGAAACGAGGGCAAGCAUUGGGGCGAGAUGAUGCAAAACCAGCGGAAGUCGAUAGCUAUGUGGCAUCCAUUACACAGAUAAGCUGUUCACUCAAUAUUUUGUUUUUCUUAACAGAAAAGUAGGCUCUCUAUUAUGAUUUGUUUGCCUUGCAAAUGACGUUUGGUUGAGUGCCAACUAUUAGAUAUAGCCGUUUUUAUAAACCAAACGAAUUGUGAAUGGAGAGUUUGAAAUAUAUUUAGCUUGCAUGCUAACAUGCACAUACCAAUACUGAGUUGUGUUAAAUUGGUCACAACAAGACACAUUUCGACAAUACAUGCACUCUCUUCAGUGUUUGUGAAGCACCAAUUCUGUUGGAUAAUUUUUUUUUGUCGUAAAAUCUUAUUUCUGUUGACGGUUCAACAUACGUGUGUAUUAUGUUUUCAUGACCUCCAUAAUAACGGAUAAGCCAACAUGAUAAGACGCACCUUAACGGAUGCUUUAGUCAUCUCUCUUCAACUGUUAAUUGUUCUGUCAAGUGAGAAGUACGGGUCAUGUUAUUAUUAAUACCACGUUCACAUAUUAAAUAUUAAAGUUAAUACGAUUGCAAUGUUGAUACAUACAAACAUGUGAUUACAACAAUAAUCACUAGAAUUUGCUCUGUGUGUUAUGACAUAUAAUGAGCCUGUCAUAGCCGCUUCUUUGGCAGCGAAUGAUUUACUAAGGCUAAAGGCAUUGGCUUUGUUAGUUUUCUCAGAAUGACUAAUCCCGUUACAAUUCAUGCUGAAGGAUUCUAAGAAAGCUUCUAGAACAUUUUAUAUUUUACGCACCAAUUACCAAAUCGAUGUUACUGGUAGGACUUUUGCUAAAUUGAUGAAGAUAGAAAAGUACGGCGUUGGUGAAUUCCCUUUAUAGUUGCAUCACAUUAUAUAUGCUGUCACUUCAAGAAAAUAAUGUUACCGAACUCCUCGCAGAGGUAACCUCCGCCCCGGUAAGGUCUAAUGGUAAGAUUUACAUGUAUUUGUGCUUGGAACCAGUCAAAUAUCGGCGCUGUGAUUGAGAUGUUGCGCGAGAUUGGCCGACACAAGUACAAUCAUUAAGAUAUUGCAUUACAAAACAAAUAUAAAUAUUUAUAUUUUUAUAGCAGUUGUUACUAAUCUUUAAUCCGGUUUUUUUUAUCUGCCAAAGUGUUGUAAGUCAUAUUUGUGCUCUUGUUUUGUGUUGCUAAUUAUCAGAUAUUUUGCUGUUUCCGUAUCUGAAACUGUUAAUAGUGCCUACGAAAGCUUCUUAUAAAGUUGCAUUACGUGUAUACACGAGUAUUUUCGUUAGAGCUACAAUAAAUAUAUUCAUAUUAGUUUUAAGUUGACGUGAUAACAUGGAAUACCAUAUUCGAAGAUGUGUUGGUUUUUUUCACGCAGAAAAUAACAACAAAAUCCAGAACGCCCGAUUAUUUGCAUUGUAUAAUAAUUUGUCCUAAUGCGUUGUGUUUAGUUUAUCGGGUUUGUGUAUUAAUCAAUGUGUUGUUAAUUAUUAUGAGGUUUAAUAAGUUAGUUUAAUUAUACAACGCAGCGAUAUAUUGAUAUGUUUCUUAAAAGAUUGCAAAGUUCUCACGAAGCGAUGAUUGUAUAUUUUUGCAAUUAUAAAAGUAUACAGAUUACAAUAACAAUUGAGUAUAUCGUUACGUUUUACCUGUACGUAGAAGGAAAAUCUUUUUAAUUUCAUUUGUUAUUAUAUGAUAACAUGUACACAAUUGUAUACACAUAGAAAUAAGGACGUUCAGAUGCUGGUUAUGUGUGUUUCAAUCGGCUUAUAUUAAAAUGCGAGGAGUAUUUUUUGUAAAUAAGUAUUAACGAUAUCAUUCACUAUUAUGCCAAUUGUGAGCAUUACUAAAAAAUCCAUAAGCCAAAAUAAACUGUAUGUGAAUUACAUUAUGCACGUACUUGUUCAAUCAAAUGAACCCAAAAUAUGUUAUAUUUCAUAAAAUAAGUGUUUUUACAUAAACUUAUCAAAUUACCUUACUAAUUACUGCACGAUUUUCAAACAAAAGUUAUUUGAGUCGCGGACUGCACAGUCUAAUUUGGGACGACACUUUACGCAUAUGCAUUAUGCCCAGUUUUCUCAGAAUGCGACUCAUGGUAAGAGGGCAUACAGGUCCCAAUAUUUUCAUUGGAUAAUGCACGAUGACACAUGCGAUGACACGUGUACGUUUAUUUGAUCAAAUGUAGUUUUGGCUAUUAGAGUGACAGCUUUGUUUAUCAUUUUGUAUGUUGAAAUAAGUUUAUUAUAUACACGAAUAUGAUAUUAAAAUGUUUAUAUAAAAAACACUACACAAUGUGUAUAAUUAAGAAUAUCAGUAUAUUUGUCUUUAACAAAAUUGUACAAAACCAAAUUAUUUUUGUUUGUGAUUUGUGGAAUAAAAUUAUAUUCAUA